AUGGCUUUAGCUGUAGGUACCUUCCACUGCGUUCACCUCCCUCCGAGGAGUCGAGCCCUGGCGAUCACCUCUCCCCUCUCUCGAGACCAGUUCGACCGAGGCGACAGCGUUGUGAUCCCGCCGGCCAUCUCUCUCGGCUGCGCCUCCAUCUCCGAGACCUUCACCAAACUGAAGGAGCAACGGAAGGUGGGUCUUCUCCACAUCUGGGUCAUUAAUCGAAAAAACGCCGGUUUCCUCGUCCCACUUUCACAGAUAAAGGAGGGGGGGGAGAGGGAUAGAGAGAGAGAGAGAGAGAGAGAGAGAGAGAGAGAGAGAGAGAGAGAGAGAGAGAGAGACAGACAGACAGACAGACAGAGAGACAGAGACAGAGGGGGGGAGGGAGGGAGGGAGGGAGAGGGUGUAGAACUCUGACUGCAAGAGUGACGCGCAGGUGGCAUUCAUCCCUUAUCUCACCGCCGGCGACCCUGAACUGUUGACAACGUCGGCGGCGCUGAGGAUGCUUGACGCCUGCGGGUCGGACGUGAUCGAGCUGGGUGUGCCCCAUUGGAAUCCAGUAAUGGAUGGCCCGGUCAUCCAGGUUGGCCGCCGACGUUCAUUCCCCCUGUCUUCUGCUCGUGAUACAAUUUCAGUUGAGAGAAAAACGAAAAAACCUUUCUUUGCGCUUUCAGCGUGCCUUCGAGCGGGCGCUGGCGACCGGAGUCGACGUGGACGCUAUCAUGGCCAUGCUUAGCGAGGUAGGACAUGGAAUCGGCGCCACGCUCUUGUAUCGUCUCUCUCUCUCUCUCUCUCUCUCUCUCUCUCUCUCUCUAUCUUUCUUCCUAUCUAACUCUUUCCGACUCUGGUAAGAAUAUGAUAAUUUUGUGAAAGACGCCACCGUCUCAUCCGUUACAGGUUGUUCCUGAACUAUCUUGUCCAAUCACGGUACUCUCAUAUUUCCAUCCGGUUCUAGAGUACGGAGUCUCAAAGUUCUUGGCCGCUAUGAAUGAAGUUGGUGCACGCGGUAAACAUAUACUCUCGUCCAUAGUAGCCCCAAUUAGUAUUUGAUUAUGCUUGAAAGUCAUCGAUGUCAUACGAAUGCAUCUUGGCAUCAUGGGGGCCUAUUGCAAUUUUAUACGUGGAAAAAUGAAUAAAAUGCGUUACUGGAAUAUUUUAAAACACGAUUUGAGUUUUUAUGGCGAGAAGAUUUCAUCGAUGUGCAAAAGCAAUUUGCCAAAAGAAAAGUGAAGUUUUUCCUCAAAUGGUGCACUAUGGUACUUAAUAAAUAAUUUUAUAAUUAAUACUUUAUUCCUCGGGAGAGUUUAUUACAGUUCGAGACUGUGUCAUGCAUCUUUUCAUAUUUUAUUUGAAGACUGAGAUGUUAAUACAUAUUUUUUCAGGACUGAUUGUCCCAGACCUUCCUCUUGAAGAGGCUGAAAUUUUACGGAAGGAAGCUAAGACAAAAAAGAUUGAGAUGGUACACGUUUGGUUUCUCUAUCAUUUACAUCAUGCUCUUGUCGGGACUCUCUAUACUAAUGUUCUAAAAGUCCUGUAAAAUGACGGGGAGAUGACAAACUGUCUUAUAUAUAUCUUUUAUAAUUCAUUGAUUGUCGUAUGGAAAAUCAUUUUAUGAUUCGUAGUCAAAAAUCUAUUAUGAUAAGUUGAAAAUGUUAAACAUUUUACUACUUUUCUCCCCAUGAUGUUUAAUAUCUAUUUUAUUCCUUCAAUAAUAUGUCACCCAAUGCAAAACUCUACGGUAUGCAGGUGUUUCACACAACACCUUCCACACAGAAAGGGAGAACGAGGGAAAUUGCUAAAGCCUCUGAAGGAUUCUUAUACCUUGUGAGUAUUUCAUUCAUACUGGUCUCCUCAUCAAUCUACUUUUAUAUUAAUGGAAUAUUCCAAAAAUUUCAUAGGUCCGUAUAAACAAAUCGUGUUCUUAGAUUAUAUUUUUCUUCUUCUCUUUGUGACAUAAAUAGAUAUGUAUAUAUCCAAAUCAAUUUUUUCUUAAAUGUUCUUGAGAAAAGCUCUCUUUAUCCUGCGUUUCGUAAUUCCUAUCAUCUAGGAGUGGAGGUUUAAUGACCCGCAAAUGAUUCUUAGUUCAGAGAUCUGCAUGUGGAGGUUUAAUGGCCAACCGAUGUCUCCUCUUGAAAUACCAAUCAUGAUUCCUAGGUUUGAUCGAUCCUCGAUUUUAACCUAAUUUACAGAACUGAUGUAUAAAACCGUACCUACAAUUGAAACUCAUGGCACAGGUGUUGUCACACAGACGGCCCACUCGGGAACCACGGGUGUACGGUCAUCCCUGAACCCGGAACUGCAGUUCGUUCUUCAGAAGCUCAAAGAGGUUUGUUCCUGCACUAUUCAUCAGCCUCCGUAUCCCAUGAUUGUAUGUAGAAACUCGUCAAAGUUCCCCGUUAAAUAUUGGUCCACCUCGGCAGGAAACCGACAAGCCCGUUGCGGUGGGGUUCGGCGUAUCAGAACCGGAACACGUCAGACAGGUGAGCUGCCUCUGCUCUUCCUCAGAAGAGGUCCCCCCCGUGUCAGUGAGAAGCUGACGAAGAGUGGCGGAUCCGUCGCAGCUAUCGGCGUGGGGAGCGGAUGGCGUGAUUGUGGGAAGCGCUCUCGUGCAGAGGCUGGGCGAGGCGGUGUCACCCAGCGAAGGGCUGAGGGCGAUGGAGGCCCACGCCAGGUUUCUCAUGGCGGCCCUCCCCUAG